GUUGUCAGGACUUUGGGAUAACUGGUUUGUGUGUGUUGUGUGUAAACUGCAAGUGAUAGAUCGAGAUGGCUGUGAAGGUGGUGUUGAUGACACUAAUGGUGCUGUUCUCUCUAGCAACAUUCCCUGCUCCAUUGGCUGCUACUAGGGUUGAUGUUGCUGAGCUGCUUGCAGCCAUAGAUAUACCAACUGGAAAGACUGGGGACAGUAGCUGGUGCGAUAAGUGUGUUUGCACAAGAUCAUAUCCUCCUUUCUGCCACUGUAAGGAUGCUUCUCACUGCCCCAAAUGCGUCUGCUACUUAAUGGAGUCUUCUGAACUUAAGCCAAUGUGCGAAUCUAUUGCUUCCCAAUUCGAAAAGUACUGUCCUUCCAUUGCCACUACUGCUGAGAGGUCCCUAAUAAGCCUCCCCUGAGCUCUCAACCCUACUCACCAUCAAUUUGUCUCCUCUAUGUCUCUGAACCAUGGUCUCGAUCUGUCUCUUAUUUCAUCUUCAUAAGAUUGUAACCAGUGGGUUUUAGCAAAGUGCCUUGUUGAUAAUAAAGAGGAGAUUUUCUUAUUA